AUGAAAUACAAUCUUAGAGUGCUUAUGCUAAAAAUAUGUCAGAUUAUUUGAAUACUGAAUCAGAAUAUUGAUACGAAGGUUUCAUUAGAGCUGGGACGAGUGCUUGAGUACCCUUGUAUCUACAUCUUUCACCCAACCGUCGAUUUCGGACUAUCACUGGGCGGGUAUAUCUGGUCAGGUACAUUUAACUUAGAAUGUAGGAUUUGAUAUCAUGCAUCAUAUAAAGGUAUUCUGAAACAAAAUGGGAUCUACAACAAAAGCUGCUGAAAGGAAAGUGAUCAUAGAAUUAACAGAACUGCUCAAGAAAAAUUCUGAUAAAUUAUUGUCAGGGGAGACAAACUUGUGUCUUACCACAAGCUCACUGAGUGUUCUAGCAGUGAAUUUCCGGAGGUUCAGUGAGAAUACUGGUGAAGGUGAAUCAUCAGGAAGUCUUUCUGGAAAAAACAAGAAAAAAGAUGAGAUAGAUUUAAAAACAUGGAAAGAAAACAUAAGAAUAUUGAUAGAUUUUGUCUGGAAAGUAAAAGCUUUAAAGAUUAUCCAUGGCACAUACACCAUGAAGGCACCCAUACAGAUCCACAGGUUCAGGUCAUUACAAGUGUUGGAGGUGAAGAGGGUACCAAUCCAUAUGGUUGAAGGACUGUCGAAAUUGAGGGGUCAGCUGCAAGAGUUAACUGUGUCCAAAAGUUUGCAAACAUUAAAGGACUUGUUGGAGAUCUGUGGAGGAGACAGGACCCCCGGUUUGGUAUGGCCUCAUCUUAAAACAGCAUAUCUCAGCUUCAACACAUUACAGGAGCUCGACCAGUCACUGAAUUAUAUUCCAUUUAUUGAAGUGAUAGACUUGAGUCACAACAGCAUAACUAAAACUGGAGACUGUCUACAGAGUCUGUUAGAAUUAAAGAGAAUCAGCUUUGGCUAUAACAUGCUGAAGGCAGUGCCUCAGUUUUCCUCUGCGAGUAGAAUGAAAGUGAAAACAUUGGUGUUGCGCAAUAACAACUUAGAGAGUCUAGAUGGUAUAGAGGAGCUGGUUGCCUUGGAGGAGCUGGAUGUAUCUGAGAACUUCCUACUGGAUCACAGGGUCCUGCAAGGUCUGGCAGCACUCAAAAGACUUCAAGUGCUCUGCUUGCUUGGAAAUCCUUUGAGUUACAGGACUGACCAUAGGAACCUGUCACUACAGUACAUACAUCCACAUGCUGGACUGGGUGUGUUUUUGUUGGAUGGAAAAAAACUUUCUCACCAUGAAAUUGAAGUUUUACAAGAAAAUCAGUACCGAAGUAUUUAUGAUCGGGAAACCCCAAGUGUUUCAAAUGGUUCUGGUAAGCAUGAUCUCAGAGAGACGGAAUCAAAUAUAGCUGUUUCCCAGCUCAGUCCCCAUGGCAGCAAGAAGAAACGGGGACACAGGAGAAAACGAAGCAAGGGGAGAUUACCAAAGAUUGCAAAUAUUGAAGACUCUCUAGAAGAAGAAUACUUGGCCAAGUCAUCAGGUAAUUCACCAUCUACAUCCUAUGUAGAGGAUUCUGAACUUGAAGCUCAGAGACAAGAAGAUGAGAAGUAUUACGAGAGAAUGAGAGAAUAUUAUAAAGAUGAUUGGUUAAAUGCUUUGUCAGCCAAUCAAAGUGAUCUGUUGCAGAAGAACCAGGCUGACAUAACACCUGAAGAUGUUCCAGACACUCAUCAUGGCAAGAACAAAAAUUUGAAAGAGAACGGUAUCAGUAAACAGGAGAAAGAGAAAGAUGAAAAUGUGUAUAAAGGCGAUACUAAAGAGACACCACAACCUGUGGUUGAAGAGGUCAUACAUCCAGAAGUCCAUAGCCCAGUUACCUCUCCUGGCUCCCAGGGUCAGGGGGCAGUUCUCUCCCCUACAUCCCCAAAGGGUGUCACGAUUGGAGAAACAACAGAUAUUUAUUCCUUGCCGAAGUCAGAAUCUGGUAGCAAAACUAAGGAAAAGAAAACUAGAAGAAUUUUCCACAUGUAUUCAGAUGACGUUCCUGAUUCUCCAACAUCACCUACGGAAGAUAAUUCUGAACAGUAUGGAUCAGAAUGUGAGCCAUUCAUUAUGAUGUUACCAGAUGAUGAGAUGAAACAGUUGAUUGUGACGAUCAAUCAGAGGUUUAUCACAGAGAAAGAUCUCGGUGGGAACAAAAUAGCUGCCUUAGAUCUCAAAAGCUUGAAGAGAAUAAGAAGAACAGAGGAGAAAUGCUAUGGGCAUGAUAUUAUUGGAGGCUUUGUGUUUACAAUACUCAAUCUGGACUUUGAUUACGUACGUAAAGAUCUGAGGCACAGACGAUAUGCUGUGGAGUCUGAGGAUGAGGCUAGGAGGUUUGAAUUACUUUCAUCACUUCAUAUAAAGUCUGACAGAGUUGAAAAGGACCAAAUGCAGUGUUUGAAGUGUCACCAUGAUUUUGAAGUUGGUUUUCAAGAAUCCACAGAUUUGAUUAAAUGCCCAAAAUGUGCCAGUAAAAUGGUGAUCAAGUCAGAAACGGUAAAAGUUUCCCCACCAUUGAAUGAGAAAACAGGUGAAAAAUCAGUUGAAUCAUCUUUAGAGGUUGAAAGAGGGACAGAAAACAAAUCAAAAAUCUGGCAUCGGUCGACAGUUCGGAGAAGUAGAAAAGGUCGUGAACGUGUUAAAGAUGAUGCAUUUGAUGAAACAGACUCCAGUGUAGUGGACAGCAUUGAGAUCCCUGAGAAAUCAAGUUUAGAUGACAGAUAUAGCCUUGGAAGUAGUUUGAAAGAUCAUGUUGACCAGUUGAUACCAGUAAUGCUACCUGGUCUGUCUACAAAUGGAAAUACACAAGCUGAGUCAGAAACUAAAGAAGAACUCUCAGCAACCUCUGUGUGUGAACAGACAAACAGCCAGUCAGUGACAGAAAUUUCUUCACUUAAGAAUAAUUCAUCAUGGUCAGACGUACGAAAAUCUGGUGUUAAUAAAUCAGGUCCCCGAGAUAGCGUGUCAUCUGUGGAGAGUGACAUUACUGUGCUUGUUGGAAAUUCAACCAGCCGUGGAAGUAUUGCUGUUAUAUCAGAAUCCAGUAACGAACUUCUCAGAACUUCGGCCACAAAUUUAGAACAAAAUACUAGGGAUAAAAGUGGUGACAAUGGUCAUGUGACUUCAGGCAAUAACAUUGUAACAAAUAAUACAGGUAUUAGUGGGACAAAAGAAGGGCAAGGGCAGUUAACUCCAGUUGGUUCCCCACUUACUAACAGUGUAUGCUCCAGCAUGGUAUCUAGUGUAUAUGAAAAUACUCUAGCUGGUAGCGGGGAGAAUGCUACUUCCACAGAAAAUGGUGUUAAAGUUAUUGAAGCAAGUCUGAAUGAAGAUGAUAUUGCAGAAUCUGUGCCAAUUAGACGUUCAAAAAGUGGCAAAAAUGGCAGGCGAUCAAAUCACAGAAAUGUUACUAUUUAUGAUCAAGAUUUAAGUGUGGGACAGUUUGACAGUAAUGUCUCAGCUACAGUUCAAGAUACAGUGAACAAAUCUAGUAGUAGGGAAGCAAGCAUUUAUGAUACUUCUGAUGCUUCUGAAAAAGACAGUACAAAAUUUGAAGAUGCUUAUGAGUCUAGUGGUCCGUCUAUCUAUGACACAGCAGUGUCUGAUGAUAGCAUAGAGACAAGUCAUGAUGACUCAGCAGAUUUGUCUUAUUCUAGAAGGUCACAUGAUGACUCUUUAACCAAUCAGCUUUUGUCUGGACAUUCAUCUCCACUGAGAAGAAAAGGAAGUUCAAGAUCAAGAAGUAGGAGUAGAAGUAGGUCAAGAAAUAGAAGUGCAAUAUAUGUAGAUGAAAAUGUAGUCUAUGAGGCGGAGAAUAAAAAUAACAGUGCCAACAUUGCAGAAUUCCCUUCAGAACUUUCACCAAUUAAAAGGACAAGAUCAUCAAGACAGUCAGCCAAAAAUCGAAGUGCUUUAUAUGUUGGUAACAAUAGUGAAAUCUCAGAUAAAGAAAACCAGUCAGCAGAGACAUCACCACAGUCUGCUCAGAAUUUAAAUGAAACUGGCAAAGUCAGUGAAAUAAGUCAGGAAUCAUCAUCUAGUGUUCAGUUGCCAUGGGAACAAAGUGGGAACCAGUCACCUGAGAAAAGUAGGAGAGAUGAAAGUUUGAACCAUGAUGAAUUUGUUAACAUUGACCAUAAUAUUAAACUCCAUUUGGAGUUACAAGUGUUCAAAGCAGAAGAGACAGCUCUGUGUGCAAUCCAGUGUGAUAUUGUACAGUAUAUGAACCAGGAAGCAGUAAAGAGUUUACUUGUCAUAUCAACACAUCGUAUCAUUAUCUUCAGGAUCGAAGGAGACAGUGCGGCUUCCCGUGAUUGGCUGAAGUCCUAUGAAGAUCAGCCUAUCACAGAGCUUCGAUAUGUAGAUAUAGGGCUAGGAUACCAGACACUUCGUUUGGAGUUUGAGACAGAGUGUUCCAGCUAUACAUUACUGAUUGCUGACGAAGGACGCUGCAAAAAGUUCAAAACCCUGAUCUCAGAUAUAGUUGCCCAUUCAGACCACAGUCAUUUAGAGGGAAUUGGAAAGUCCAACCCGACCACCCUAGAUAACCUAGAACACCAAGUACUGUGUACUGAAGAUGAUACUGUACCACAACAGUUGGUCAGAUUUCUCAUGGUGAAAUACUCUGAUGCUGAGACAGGCAGUGAUGACACAGUGACACGUAGUCUGGUUGUAACACAGACAGAUCUUGUCCUUGUUGAUGAGAAUCAUCAGUGGCCGUUACCAAGGUUACAGGCUCCUCUGACAGGGGCCAUCAAAGGGAAGCAAUUCACUGUUGUUCAGCGAGAAAAAAUCAACAAUAUUGGAACAUUGUCCUUCAAUGAAUACAAACCCACAGAAUUACAGCUAGCUUUCCUGGAGACCUCAGCUGUUGGUAGUCCUUCAGCAUGGAUUAUUACAUUCGAAACAAUGCAAGGGGUGAAAUUAUUUGUUGAUUCAAUACGUGGACCCUGGGAAGAAGAAUUCGGAGUCUCGUUGGAUAUAACGUCUACAUCAUUCACUGAUACAGAGAAAUCCAGUCUUAUGGAGUAACAGAUGUUAAUAUCCAUUGUAUAAACCAGAGUCAUAAUAUAUUGAUAUCAUUUUCUGUGAUAAUAUGCCUGGUUCUGCUAAAAUUUGCUGUAAAAGCAUGUAACUAUUUUAUCAGCUUCUUUAUUAACUAUUACAGCAGCACAAUCUAUAUUAUAAUUUAGAAAUACUGAGUCAUUCAUUGCUGACUUUUCUGUUUGAUAAGCAGUGUUUGUUUUGGGAAAGUUCCACCUCCUCCGACUUCAGAAGAGAUAUACUGUAUUUUUCUUGAGAGACAACAUACAGAACAGUGAAUUUAAGGCUAAGGUCAUUGGUUAAGGUCAGAGAUGUGAAUGGCAGUACAUUACUUUUUAGCUCACCUGAGCAAUGCUCAGGUGAGUUUUUCUGAUCGCUCGAUGUCCGGCGUCCGUCGUCCGUCGUCUGUCGUCUGUCGUCCGUCGUCUGUCGUCUGUCGUCCGUCGUCUGUCAACAUUUAGCUUGUGUAUGCGAUAGAGGCUGUAUUUUUCAAUUAAUCUUCAUGAAUAUUGGUCAGAAUGAUAACCUUGAUGAAAUCUAGGCCGAGUUCGAAAAUGGGUCAUCUCGGGUCAAAAACUAGGUCACUAGGUCAAAUCAAAGAAAAACCUUGUGUAUGCGAUAGAGACUGUAUUUUUCAUUUAAUCUUCAUGAAUAUUGGUCAGAAUGAUAACUUUGAUGAAAUCUAGGCCGAGUUCGAAAAUGGGUCAUCUCGGGUCAAAAACUAGGUCACUAGGUCAAAUCAAAGAAAAACCUUGUGUAUGCAAUAGAGGUGGUAUUUUUCAGUUAAUCUUCAUGAGAAUUGGUCAGAAUGAUAACCUUGAUGAAAUCUAAGCCGAGUUCGAAAAUGGGUCAUCUCAGGUCAUAAACUAGGUCACUAGGUCAAAUCAAAGAAAAACCUUGUGUAUGCGAUAGAGGCUGUAUUUUUCAAUUGAUCUUCAUGAAUUUUGGUCAGAAUGAUUGCCUUGAUGAAAUCUAGGCCGAGUUCGAAAAUGGGUCAUCUCGGGUCAAAAACUAGGUCACUAGGUCAAAUCAAAGAAAAACCUUGUGUAUGCGAUAGAGGCGGUAUUUUUCAAUUGAUCUUCAUGAAUUUUAGUCAGAAUGAUUACCUUGAAGAAAUCUAGGCCGAGUUCGAAAAUGGGUCAUCUGGGGUCAAAAACUAGGUCACUAGGUCAUAUCACGUAAAAACCUUGUGUAUGCGAUAGAGGCUGUAUUUUUCAAUUGAUCUUCAUGAAUUUUGGUCAGAAUGAUUGCCUUGAUGAAAUUUAGACCAAGUUCGAAAAUGGGUCAUCUGGGGUCAAAAACUAGGUCACUAGGUCAAAUCAAAGAAAAACCUUGUGUAUGCAAUAGAGGCUGUAUUUUUCAACUGAUCUUCAUGAAAUUUAGCCAGAAUGAUAACCUUGAUAAAAUCUAGGCUGAUUUUGAAAAUGGGUCAUCUGGGGUCAAAAACUAGGUCACUAGGUCAAAUCGAAGAAAAACAUUGUGUAUGCAAUAGAGGAUGUAUUUUUCAAUUGAUCUUCAUGAAAUUUGGUCAGAGUGAUUGCCUUGAUGAAAACUAGGUCGGUUUUGAAUAUGGGUUAUCUGAGGUCAAAAACUAGGUCACUAGGUCAAAUUAAAGAAAAAUCUUGUGUAUGCGAUAGAGACUGUUUUUUUCAGUUGAUAUUUAUGAAAUUUGGUCAGGUUGAUUGCCUUAAUGAAAUCUAGGUCGAAUUUGAAUAUGGGUCAUCUGAGGUCAAAAACUAGGUCACUUGGUCAAAUCAAAGAAAAAACUUCUGUAUGUGAUAGAGGCUGUAUUUUUCAGUUGAUCUUCAUGAAUUUUGGUCAGAAUGAUUGCCUUAAUAAAAUCUAGGUCCAGUUUGAACAUGGGUCAUCUAGGGUCAAAAACUAGGUCAUAUCUAAGAAAAUGCUUGUUUUAUCGCAAGAGACCAAUUUUUUGGUCCAAUCUUAAUGAAAAUUGGUCAGAAUAUUUGUUUCCAUGAAAUCACUAGGUCAAACAUGUUUUACACUGUUAUGGAGUGUUUCUUAGGUGAGCGACCUAGGGCCAUCUUGGCCCUCUUGUUUUUUUUUUUUUUCAACUCUUCAAUAAGCUUUUAAUAUUACUAAGAUGUGCAACCCAGUGACAUGUUAAAUGCAGAGUGGCACUUUUGUCGACAUGAUAUUUAAGGAAAGGGAAAACAGAUCUAUAUGUUUCCUAAUUUUAGCUUCAAAAGAGAAAUAUAUGCCAGCGACUGUAGACUGCUAGGUGUGAUGGUUGUCUAUGUUAUGACAAGAGUGAUAAUUAUUAUGUAUAUGACAUGUGUUUGAAUGGAAAUAUUAUGAAAAUACCAUUUAUUUUGUACAUCAGUUUGCCUCAAUUGCCUGUGAUCAUGUGUACAUUUCAACUUUACUGUAUAUAUACUGUAUAUACAUACAGGACUUUAAGCAGCGUGGUUUUUAGUUAACUUAUAGAUUAAAACAUUCCACAGUUUUGCCAAAUAUAUAUGCAUUUUAUCAUGUUAUUUUAUACAUACAUUAAUAUUUCAGCCGUGCCAUGGGAAAACCAACAUAGUGGGUUUGCGACCAGCAAGGAUCCAGACCAGCCUGCGCAUCCGCGCAGUCUAGUCGGGAUCCAUGCUGUUCGCUAACAGUUUCUCCAAUUCCAAUAGGCUUUUAAAGCGAACAGCAUGGAUCCUGACCAGACUGUGUGGAUGCGCAGGCUGAUCUGGAUCCAUGCUGGUCGCAAAGCCACUAUGUUGGUUUUCUCAUGGCACGGCUCAUUUAUCAUUAUAUUGCUUUAAAUUCUCUGUAAAUGGGCAUUGAUUCAAUUCGAUCUGAAUAAAUCAGGCCUACAGCUGCAAUACACAUCAUUGUUAUAUAUGCUUUACGGUGCUACAAUGUUUAGACUGAUGCUUUUAAAGGGACUUUCCUCCAGAUUUCACAUUUGAACAUCAUUUUCACAAAAUGUAAAAAAUUCUUGUUGGUAAUUUGAGUCAAAAAUCAGUGGACCACUGAUGACACUUGGAAAUCUGUGAGAUUACAUAUUCUUAUUAGGCAAUUCUGCAUUUUUUUAGUGACAAGGUGAGCUUUUGUGAUCACCCUUCGUCCGUCGUCCAUCGUCAGUCCGUGCGUCUGUCCAUGCGUCCGUCCGUGCGUCAACAAUUUCUUGUCUGCACGAUAGUGGUUUCAUUUAUGAUUUUAUUUUAACCAAACUUGCACACAACUUGUAUGACCAUAAGGUCACGGUUCCUUUCUUGAGCUGGCCAGAUCCCAUUAUGGGUUCCAGAGUUAUGGCCCCUGAAAGGGCCAAAAUUAGCUAUUUUGACCUUGUCUGCACAAUAGCAGCUUUAUUUAUGAUUUGAUUUUUACCAAACUGGCACACAACUUGUAUCACCACGAGAUCUUGGUUCCUUUCUUGAACUGGCCAGAUUCCAUUAUGGGUUCCAGAGUUAUGGCCCCUUAAAGGGCCAGAAUUAGCUAUUUUGACCUUGUCUGCACAAUAGCAGCUUCAUUUUUGAUUUGAAUUUAACCAAACUUGCACACAACUUGUAUCACCAUAAAAUCUUGGUUUCUUUCUUGACCUGGCGAGUUUCCAUUAUGGGUUCCAGAGUGAUGGCCCCUGAAAGGGCCAAAAAUAGCUAUUUUGACCUUGUCUGCACAAUAGCAGCUUCAUUUAUGAUUUGAAUUUAAUCAAACUUGCACAAAACUUGUGUCACCAUAAGAUCUCGGGUCCUUUCUUGAUCCGGCCAGAUCCCACAAUGGGUUCCAGAGUUAUGGUCCCUGAAAGGGCCAAUAUUAGCUAUUUUGACCUUGUCUGCACAAUAGCAGCUUCAUUUAUGAUUUGAUUUUAACCAAACUUGCACACAACUUGUAUCACCACGAGAUCUUGCUUCCUUUCUUCAACUGGCCAGAUUCCAUUAUGGGUUCCAGAGUUACGGCCCCUUAAAGGUCCAAAAUUGGCUAUUUUGGCUUUUGCAGCCAUAUAGAGUCUUCAUUUAUGGUUUUAUUUGAUACAAACUUCCAAAAUAUCUUCAACAACAAUAAAUCUUGGAUUCCAUGACAAAUCAGAUCCAAUCGUAGGUUCCAGAGUUAUUUUAUAUCUGAUUACCUCCCCUGAUUGUAAUCAAAAUGGAUUUAUAUCAUUAAGUUCUUAUAGGACUUAUUUGAAAUUUCAUUAUUGUUAUUAGUUGGACAGAGACACUCAGGGUAGAUAACUAUGGACUGGUUUUAUGUCAAAUUACCUCCCUUUAUUUCAAAUUAAAAUGGGUAUAUCUCCAUAACUAAUGAAGAUACUGUUCUGAAAUUUCAUUUAUGUCAACAGAUUUAUUUGGCAGAUCCUUCUUUUGUUCACUUACAAUAUUUAUUUUUUUAAUUACUUCCCUUUAACGUUACUAUAAAUAGCUUAUUUUUAGUAACUUUUUUAUUAUUGGCCGUAGGGAAAAACCGAGACCACUUUUCUGUGGUACAACAUGGAUGGUACCUCCAACUUUUAGGUGUAUUUUGACAUAUCUAUACCUUGUAAGAAUUUUUUUCUUUUUGGUUAAAUUUCUUCCCUAUGUUGUUCCUGUCCUUUGGACUUUGAUAUUUUACUGAGGACCUUCUUGUCCGCAAGUGCAAUGAUAACAGGUGAGCGAUAUAGGGCCAUCAUGGCCCUCUUGUCAGAUAUGAAUUUAGCUCAACACUAAAAUGGUUUUCUGUGUUAAAUGGAAAAUGCAGAAAUUGCACAUGGAGGAUAUGUCAUUUGCCGACCUCAAACAGGGAAUACAUAAUUUGCUGAUUACAUACAGGGAAUGAUAAUUUUCCAGUUUCCAUUACCUGCACAGUUAGUCCCUCAUAUUUUGCUCAGUAUUUCUAUUGCAUAGCUGACACUUAGGGGAUUUUAAAGCACUUCCGGAACUUCAUCUUGUUUUACUUGUAUUUACAACUUCUAACAAAUAAAACUACCUUGAUUUUGAAAAUAUUGACAUCAGUCUGGAGGCAUGCCCCUUUAAUCAGGUCUAGUGGGUAUAUCUUUAUUAUCUAUCCAUUUUCAUAGACUGAAAGAGUUUUUACCAAAAAUGCACUCCAAAUUAUAUUACAUUUAGCCUGUAUUAAGAUGAUGAACUAUUAGAAACAGACAUUAUGUUUUACAUUAUGGACUUUGAAUUUAGUCUAGGUAUCCAUAUAUUUGGGGUUAAUUCAAGCAGUCAUUGAAUACAAGUCACAAAAUUCGUAUUACUCCGGGCCUACAAUUUAUUGUCAGUGGUCAGAAAAUGUUGUAGCUACACAGUGCAGACUUACACAAAUAGAAAUGGAAGACUGUAAUAAAGUGAUGUUUGUGAAAGAUGUAUGAUUAAACAUUUAUAUUUCUGUCCAUUUUCUUUCUUUUAACUAAGAUGUGUUGCACAUAACAAAUGUCAGAUUAUUAAAUUCUUUCAUUAGUUGUAGGUGAAGAUGGAAAUAUCUUGUUCAAGGUUAACUGUUUAGGCGGUAACGAGGCUCUGCCAGCCUUGUUACUGCAUAAACGCUUGCCCGAGAGCCAGAUAUUCCCGUCUGCACCAACAGCCAGUGAUCGAUCUUUUUCUUCCAUUCUAUAUUCAAGAAAUUAUUGUAAAAAUAAAAUCAAUAGAACAACAUUUUUUAGAUCUAUUUCUUAUAGCAACGUAUUUAAACAAAGUGUGGGAAACGAACGUCCGUAAACAGGAAAGACAUCCUGACAUUUCAAAGAAAAAUGAAAUAUGUUUUUUGAAUCGAGAAAUAUACUAUCAGUAACAAAGAGGACCUGUCAAGGUAUUGGAUUUUUAUUCGGUUUUAUGAAAUGAAAUAUAAAUUACUACAUAAAUCUUCUACAUAUAUGUAGUUUGUAAUACGUCAUUUACAGCAAAAGAGUCAUCUUACACCUCGGGGUGUAAGAUGGAUUUUUCAGCACCGGUAAAAAUACCGUAAAUCCCCAUCUGGUAUGCAAGAAAGAAUAUUUUGAACUAUUCAUAAUAUUUUAAUGAUCAGUAAGUCUGACUUUGAAAAAGUCAACCUUCAUUAGUUAGGUCUCCAAGAAGUUGCAAGUUUUUCAAUAUUGAGAAAACACAUGAAAUUAUCUUAUUAAGAUUUAUACACUUACCGUUAGGAGAUAUAAAUAGAAGAUUUUACAUGACACUUUAAAUUUAUUAAAUGUUUUGAAUAAAAAUCUUAAAGACGAAGGCUCUGCUAGUUUAAUAACUUCUCCUGAUAUUUGUCAUAUUUUUCCUAACAAUUUCUCCUUUUAAGUUUUAUAAAUUUAGUACGGAAAGACACAAAUGUAAGAUACUUUUUAAUAAGCCACCUUUUUCUGGUGAAACAUUGUUUCUAAUUUUUUACCGACUAUAGACAUCCAAAAUUGACUUUACCAAUGCCCAGAUACUUGAAACGUCUGUGUAAAAAUGAUAUUGUUUCACAGUUGCAAUGAAUUAUAGAGUGUACAGUGUCUUUAAGAUAUUUUCUUUUCCUUAUGUGAUAUUAUACAAUUAUUUGCUGGUAGUGAUGCCAGUAUGUUGAUUUAUUCACCUGGAAAUAGUCAUAUUGACCGAGGUGUAGCCAGUGGUCAAUAAAAAAUUUCCCUGGUUGAUAAGUACUCCUAUUGACUGAACUGAAAAGGUAACAAUUGUUUUAUAAAUAAAUCCAACAUCUUGAAGAUUAACUGAAUAGAGAGCAGUUAAAUCAGUUGAUAAUAUUUUCCAGUAUAUUGUGAAUGACAUUACAAGUUUAUGACAUAAAAAUGGCAUGAUGUUACAGUUUGAGGUCAAUAUGUGUUUUUAGCUCCACACAUGAGUCAGUAUACAUUUUUAUCAUUAAUCAUGUGACAGUAUUUAGACCAAUGGACAGGACUACAAAGAUAGAUUUAAUAGUAAUAAUGACGCUUGACUUCCUGUUUGUUUUAUUCAUGUGUUCAUCAAAAAUAAAUUAAUAUAUCCUGA